AAUAAAGGAGCUAAUGUAAAUGCUAAGCAAAAGGAUGGGACCACUGCAUUGCACAUUGCAACUCAGGAGGGUCAUAAAAAGGUUGUAAAAGUAUUGCUAAAAUGCGGUGCCAAAGUUGAUUCUAAAAUGAAAAAUGACAUCACACCACUGCACUUAGGUGCUGAAAAAGGUUAUCGGGAAAUUAUUGAGACUAUCUUGAAAUUUGGUGCUGAUAUUAACUCUAGAGAUGAGUAUGGCAGAACAGCACUUCAUAUUGCUUCUCAAGAAGGACGUACAGAAGUUGUUGCAACUCUUCUGGAAUAUGGUUCUGAUAUUAAUAUUACGAGUAGAAAUAAUUGUACACCUCUUGAUUAUGCUAUGGCUGCAUCCCAUUAUAUCAGCAGCUAUAAUGACUCUGAUGAUGAUUAUGAUGAUGAUGAUUAUUCCGAUCUAACUGCUGAAGCUAUUAAACGCCACAUAGUUAAAAUGAAAACCGCAAAUUUAUAUGUAAGUAAAAAAAAUUUACUAUCAAUGAGUAGCAGUGAUGAAAUAAGUGAUUUUCAGGAUGAUUGUGAGGAAGAAAUAGCAAGCAUGAAGAGUGAGAAGAUUAAUAAUACUAAUAUCUCAUUUUAUGAUAUCUUGGCAAAAGGUACAAGCUCAUUAGCAAUAUAUAUGAGGAAUGAAAAUAUAGUGCUGGUUUUAAAAUCAGACGACUAUAAAACCAAAUUUCCAAUAUACGCUAGUAUGAUAGGAAGUCAUUUCAGAAAGGGUAUGGAAAGAAAAGAGUUACUUAAACAAGGCAAUAAAGUUUUCCAUCUUCUCUUUAACAACUUUCCUGAGUUACCACAUGACUGUACUGAAAAAAUAUUUAGUUACCUGAAUGACGAAGACUUAAGAAUUUUGAUGGAUGCUUGUAAGCCUCUUAGCAUCAGUAAUCCUAAUACUAAUAUUAAUGAUGUAGUGAUUACCUCAAAUAUAUCUCAAGUAUAGUACGUUUAAGUUAAGGAAGAAUAGCAGAAUUAGCUACUUUCAACAUUAAGUAAUAGCUUUAGUAAUUAAAAUAACUAUUAUAGUUUGACAAGGCGUUUGGAUCUUGAUGAAAAAAAAGUUUCUGCGAAUCUUUUCACCUGAAACAGAUUAGGAUGUUAAAGAUGUUUAUCAAUAAUAUGUAGUAAUUUAUUUUUAUGCA